UGCCCCCCGGUAUAAGCUGGGUGCGCACGCUAAAGGAGCCCCUCGGAACCCCGGUUUCUACAGGAAGGACCUAAGAAGAUGGGCACGGCUUCCUCGGCGUCCAUCGCUUCUCUUUUAUCUUCCAGUCCGAUCGCAAAGUCCACAGUUGCUCCUUAAGCUUAGGAUAUUUGGCCGCUUGUCCUCCAACCUUCUCAAGAUUACAAAAAAAGAAAGAAAGAAAAGAAAAGUCACUGAUCCCUCUCUAUUGGAUGCUUUAUUGUGACUGCAAACAACCCGCACAGACGGUGCUGUACGGGCCAUUGCAACUGAAUGUGUGAAUCGGAAAGUUUCUUUGGAGAUGGUCACGUUUAUCUUUCAUUGAACGUGUUGCAGCCCAAUGUGGACACAAGGCAGAAGCAGCUGACUGCUUGGUGUUCCUUGGUGCUCUCGUAUUGCCGUGUCAACAAGCUUUACGUUAUGACAGUCCUGGAGGCCCAAGAAAGUCCACUGUUCAAUAACCGGAAACUGCAACGAAAAUUCCCUUUGGAAUCCAUCCUUGUUGUGUUAGAAGAGCUGAGGAAAAAAGGGAAUCUUGAAUGGCUUGACAAAAACAAAUCCAGCUUCCUGGUCAUGUGGCGACGGCCAGAAGAAUGGGGCAAGCUCAUCUAUCAGUGGGUGUCAAAGAAUGGACUCACCAACUCUGUUUUUACACUGUAUGAGCUGUCUAAUGGGGAUGACACAGAGAACGAAGAAUUCCAUGGUUUGGAAGAAUCCAUGCUACUUCGUGCCCUACAGGCUUUGCAGCAGGAACAUAAGGCUGAAAUCAUCACGUUGGAUGAUGGACGGGGCGUCAAGUUCUUUUAACACAGCUUCUGCUCUGGCUUUCUGGUCUAACUGGACAAGAGCUUUUUCUGGGUUGAGGAGCGUCUCUAUGAUCUGGUGUCCUUGCAUUGAAACAGCAAAAUGUUGUUUUGGUGGCUCAGCAUCCAACUCUGUUUCUCCUCUCUGCUACUUCUGUCCCUUAGAGGGGUUGUGGUGUUGAAGACCUGAAUAGGUUUACGGGGGACCAGAGAUUGGCCCCCAAAGUGCAGGGCACACCCCAGACCCUGCUGCUUGCAGUUACAAGCCACACUUUUGGGAUCAAAAACACAGUACUCCCUCUCCAGCAGGGCAGGAGGCUUCUCAAACUUGUGCUAUGCACAGUAGGAUGGGGUGUUGAGGGUUUGGGGCAAAAUUAAACCACACGUUAUUUACAGUA